AACACGUACACGUUCAACGAGACGGCUCACACGCCGCGGGAGCCAGACGAGAUCCUGAGCGUGACCUACGAGGACGGCAAGUGGAGCAAGCCGUACUAUGACUGCGGCGGCGGCAACAUCUGGAUGCUCACCUACACCGUGCCCUUCUUCGGCUACAACGGGUCCUACUUCUUCAAGGGCACCAGCGGUAUCGAUAUCGACCUGAGGCGAGUCGACAUCGACCAGUGCCCCCUUCCGCCUGGCAGCACUCAGCUCAACAUCUUCGCCGCGUCUGACAAGUGCAAGGAACGGACCACUCAGUGCGUUCCGCUGCCGGGUCUCGGGUUCCGGCGCGGCAGCUACAAGUGCGUUUGCCGCAAGGGUUUCUACUUCCCGGACGUGCAUGCCCGUCACCGGUACUUCAACGGCUCCAUCAUCGAGGAAGAGUACGAGAAGCUGAUGAUGGGCCGGCAGAACCUGUACAGCGCCGAGGGCAGCUUUGAGUGCCUGGCGUGCGCCGAGGGCUGCGACGCGUGUGUGGACGACAGGCCGUGCGUCGUGUCGCUCAACUGGGUGAUGCGUACUGCCAUCUUGGUGCUCUCGUGCGUCGUCAUCUGCUGCCUGCCCGUCGUCGUGCUCUUCACGUGGAAGUACGGCAACGUCAAGGUGGUGCGGGCGGCCAGUCCAGUUCUGCUUCGAGUCAUCGCGUUGGGCGCGUUCUUCAUCUACUGCACGACGAUAGUGAUGUACCCGACGCCCAACGUGGUGACGUGCACGCUGAGGGUGUGGCUGCGCGAGAUCGGUUUCUCGCUCACGUACGGCGCCCUCAUGCUCAAGACGUGGAGGAUAUCUGUGAUAUUUCGGGUGCGGUCGGCGAAAGCGAUCAAGAUCACCGACUUCGACCUGCUGAAGCGGCUCGGCGUGAUCGUGGCCGUGUUCAGCGUCUUCCUGGUGAUCAGGACGCUGGUGGCGCCGCCGCACGUGAUCGUGGGCCGCACCGCCGACGACCUGAAGGCCUACCUGUGCCGCAGCGACUGGUGGGACCACUCCUUCACCACCAUGGAGGUGAUGUUCCUGGUGUGGGGCAUUCGGCUGUGCAUCGUGGUGCGGAAAGCGCCCUCAGAGUUCAACGAGAGCCGCUUCAUCUCCAUGGCCAUAUACAACGAGUUCCUUCUCUCCGUCUUCCUCAACGUAUCCAUGUUGUUCCUGCAAUCGCCCGCCAACCCGGACCUGUUGUACAUCAUCUUCUUCUGUCACACGCAGCUAACGGUCACACUGCUGCUCGGACUCAUCUUCGGCAGCAAGGCGUACCUGGUGCUGAAGGGCCACGGGAAGCUGGAGCAGGAGGGCAGCAGCGCGGCGCCGCGCCCGCAGGCGGCCAAGUUCCUGUCCAAGGCGCGCUCCGCCAACUCGCAGUGCCUGCCGUCGACCAACUCCUCCGCCGCGGAGCUCACCGGCCGCCUCUCCGACGUCGACGUCCAGGAGGAGUUCCAGCGUGUGUACGCGCAGCUGGAACUGCUCAAGGAGAAGAACAUGCGGCUGGGCAACCGCCACCUGGCGGCGCGCAUCUCCGCCAUGCAAGAGGCGGCUCGGUCGCCGGGCCUGCCCGAGGAGGCCGCCACCGCCGCCUCGCCGCCCCCGCAGCUCAACAGCGCGCUGGCCGCCGUCGCCGAACGCCUCGUCGGAACGUCGGUGCCGGCGGCCGCCGCGGCGUCUCCUCUCCCGACCGCCGCCUCCGCCAACACCUCUUCCUCGGAGGCGGCUGCGGCCUCUGCCCCCGAGCUGGAGCUCUCGACGCCCCUGGAGCCGCUGUCUUCGUCAGCCGCGGCCGCCGCAGUCGCCGCCGCCGCCGUUGGGGCGCCGUCUUCCACGGUGGUGCACCGACGCGGCUCCAGAAGGGCCGCCGCGGACGCCGAUGGCGCGGCGUCCACCAGUCCGGACCAGCGACGCAACCGCAACCUCAAGUCCGGUCACGCCAGGACGCACGCCAUCGUCAUCAACCUCGACGACAAGAACCGUUUUACCGAGGAAGUGACGGUGUGACGCUGUCACCGCCUCCAGCCCGCGGCCGGUGCUGUUACAACCCCACGCGCGAGCAGCGUGUCAGCUCCACCCCGCGUAUUCCUUGCCGCUGCAAGGAAGCUGUCGCUCCUCCCCCGUUUCCUUUGACCUUACUCUGAGAACCACCGUCCACGCGAAAAUUCCGAACUAAUAAUUUGGUUCCGAGCACAGUGCUUGAGCUCUCCAUGAAUCGUUGGAUCCGGUUUGUGGGUGCUGUCUGGCCUAAACGAUAUCAGUGCAGUGUCUAAGUAAUUGUAAUACUUCCUACGAAUCUGUAAAUACUUAUCAGGCUGUCGUCGUACCUGCAUAAUAUUGUAGUAUUGUAUCAGAUUCACAGACUGUAAUGGAGGAAUAUAUCUACGGACACUAACAGAGUAAAUGGUUCACGAGAAUGCAACUACAGAAGAGAACAACUCCUCAUCCAAGCCCAUUUGGAUGAAUGUUCUUAUCAGUACAUUAUAGCUAUACGAGCUGACCCUCCUCUUAUCGCACAAGCUCCACAAUGGCGUUUUUUCCACAGGAUGAUAACCAUUAUAGGAGCCGAACUGGCCAAAGAUGAAUGAUCUGUCAUUCACAACAAAACAUGAAUUGCUAUAACGGUGAUGAUACUUAAACCUUAUCUGUUCUCCAAAUGUUUCCUCGUCCAUGACGGAUAUGACGUCACUCUACCAACUGGAAUUUUCUUCAAGUCAGUAUUUCAGUUCUACCCCACCCAUAGUACCUGUGUUCCCUUCCCGCCCUUACUGAGGCUAUAUCGCUUGUCAAAGCGAACUGAAGACCUGUUCGGGGUGGAUUCACAGUAGCAUUUUUGCCUGAGACACAGAGAGACGCCAACAUCGUUUUAGAUCCCACAGUGCAGUAUCAAAGUAAAAUUGUUAAUUGUAAUACUUCCUGCGAAUCUGUAAAUAUUUACCAGGCUGUCGCCGUACCUGCAUAAUAUUGGAGUAUUGUAUCAGAACCACCGAUUGUAACGGAGGACUAUAUCUACGGACACUGAUAGAGCCUCUACUUCUACAUAAGUGGUUCAUGCAAAUGCAGUUACGGAAGGAAUCUGAAGAGAACAACUCCUCAUCCAAGCCCAUCUCUAUGAACGUUCUUAUCAGUACAUUAUAGCUACACGAGCUGACCCUCCUCUUAUCGCACAAGCUCCACAACGUCGUUUCUUCCACAGGAUGAUAAAUUAUUAUAGGAGCCCUGACUGGCCAAUAAUGAAUGAGGUGUCGUUCACAAUAAAACAUGAAUUGCUAUAACGGUGAUAGUACUUAAAACUUAUCUGUUCUCCAAAUGUGUCCUCGUCCAUGACAGAUACGACGUCACUCCACCAAUUGGAAUUCUCUUCAAGUUGGUAUCUUUAUUUCUACCCCACCCAUACUACCUGUGUUCCCUUCCCGCACUUAAUUAGGCUAUAUCGCUUAAAACUUAUCUGUUCUCCAAAUGUGUCCUCGUACAUGACGCACACGACGUCACUCCACCAACUGGAAUUCUCUUCAAGUCGGUAUCUUUAUUUCUACCCCACCCAUACUACAUGUGUUCCUUUCCCGCACUUGAUUAGGCUAUAUCGCUUGUCAAAGCGAACUGAAGACCUGUUCGGGGUGGAUUCACCAUAACAUUUUUGUCUGAGACACAGAGAGACGUCAACAUCGUCUUAGGUACAGAGAAUGGUCAUGCCACGCGCCUCAGAUCCAGCCCCCUUAAGGCAGUAAACGACCAUUUACAAUAAUAACGCAAAGUUAUCAUACUAAUGAUACUUCUCCCGCAGUAGCCGUAGAGACAAUUUCACACGGAGAUGUCGGUUCGUCAUCUUCUGUUUGAGUCGAAUCCAGGCCAACAAACUUUGUUGUUACAGUCUUCAACCUGAAGGUUAAUUUGACGCAGCUCUCCAUUUUAUCCUUCACGAGUCUUAACUCUGCAGUUUUUACGCCUCACACUUUCCUGUAACAGAUAUAAAAAAAUACUUAUUUUCCUCAUCUACCUAAGUGUGUCUUGUCCAGGAGACUUCAAACAUUUUCUUACGUGACACACUGUGUUUUUCUGCUACUGAUUUUAUUCGGUUCCCACAGCGAAUAGCUCAACAUAUAUUUUUUGCGUUUUUCUCUAUCAGUUUGAAAAGCUUUGGUGUGGAUGUAUCGAUGACAGUCUUAGGGAAACAAAUACACACUGCUGCCAAAUGUUGCUUGUGAAAUAAACGUGAUACAGCCGUUACUCUUUAACUGAUUCUACAUCAUCAGCAUCAUCGGAUCCAACUUAUAAUUUAUGUAAUUAUAUUCUAGAUUACAAUUAUUUUUGAAUAAGCCUAUGGAAGUAGGCACUUAGGGGAACGCAGAGUGUAAUUUGCAUCACCAGAAAUGACUGUAAUUAAAAAUAACCUCAAAUAAGUUCUUGUUGUACUUGUCUGAGUAACCAUCCAUUUUUUGUGUUGUAUAUCAACACUGAAUACAGAAUGAAACUCAUGCAGAGCAGUGUAUAAAGUUUUACCGGUUCUUUUGUUGGACGAUAUUGCACGCAGUCAUGUGUCCACGUGUAUUUGGAGUGUAACGCCUCUAUACGUUACAUUUUAAUAGACUUCUGGCAUCUUAUAAUCUCAUACUUCACUUAUCCCUGUAUCUCUAAUUAAACAUUCGUGUUUAGUUCCAAGCUGCUGUCGUUCUCAUAUAAUCACUUCUCAUCUGGCAUCAUUUAACACCAAGUCGCUAUGACACAAGAAUUUCACUCGGUGCAGCCUUGAAGCCCACUUAUGUUUUUGCAAAGGAAAUUUUUUCCUUGUCCAGUUCGAUUCAUGUCAGAAAUUGUUGCCUUUAACACGCUUGUAAAUGUAUUCAUAGGAAUGUUUGAGUUGUGCAAUCUUCUUCGUUUUUGUUGUGACAGUACUUGAAUCCCAGUCGAUCCGGCACUGUUGUCCCGUGUGCUGUCAACUCACUUAACGGGAAUAUUACGCCAGCACGCUCCGUCGCUUGCACCGUCAGUAUCCUCUUCGUCAGUACACUUAACAACGUUAACAGGAAGGUAUUGUGGCUGUCAGCCUAGACAUAGAACGCAACCAAUUGGUUGCUUACACUGUGAAUUUAUUGUCACGAAUAUCUUGACUACUUAACUGCUGUCCUCCCUCUUACCUAUCUUAUGCCAAUCUUUUGUCUCCACGUAACUUCCACAGAGCACAGAGUUGCUAAUUUUUUUAAUAGUCUGUUAUCGGUCUACUUCUACUGUUUUAUACUUCUACUGCUCCUUCCAAUCGCCAAAUUCUUUCAACGCCAUACCUGAUGUAGCCUCUCUUUUUUUCAGGGUUUUUCACAUACGUCACUUUCACAAUAGUACAAAGUUCACUUCCUUGAAAUGCUGUGCACCAGGUG